AUGGCGUGCCCGCACCUUGAGACCAUAGGCUCAUCUCUGCAACCGCCGGCCCCAUUCCACUCCGUUUACCGUGAGGACUGCACCCAGUGUUUCGACUCUCUGGAUGAUCCUGCCGGUGUCGAUGUCUGCCUCCAGUGCUUCAACGGCGGCUGCGCCGGCGACCGCAACCACGCCCAGCUCCACCGCCAGCUUUGGGACCACCCCCUCGUUCUCAACAUCCGCCGCACCCGCAAGGUCGUUGUUCGCGAUGAACCUCCCUUGAAGAUGUCCAAACUCGCCAUCGCCGCCGAGACCGAAGAGGACCGAUUUGAUACCGCAACCACUGUCAAGUGCCUCGAUUGCAAGCAGGAUCUCGACAAGACAAGCGACAAGCUCGCACCCCUAGUCGACGGCAUCAUGAAGGCGAACACCUUCUCCCGCAAGGAGGAGGUCAAGGCUUGGGAGCAAGAGUUGACUAGCUGCGAGCAUAUCCUGCUGAUGCAGCAGUCAGAGCCGCGGACCAUCCAGUCAGGCGAUCUCGGACACUGCUCCGCUUGUGAUCUGAAGGAGAACCUAUGGCUUUGUCUGGAGUGCGGAAACCUGGGUUGCGGACGCAAGCAGAUGGGUGGCGUGGACGGCAACUCCCACGGCCUCGCCCAUUCGACUGAGUCUGGUCACGGCGUUGCCGUGAAGCUGGGUUCUAUCACCCCGGAAGGAACGGCAGAUGUAUACUGCUACAAGUGCGACGAGGAGAGAAUUGAUGGAGACCUAGGUCAACAUCUGGGUCACUGGGGCAUCAUGCUGGCGGAUCGACAGAAGACGGAGAAGAGCUUGACGGAGAUGCAAAUCGAGCAGAAUCUGCGCUGGGAUUUCAGCAUGACCACGGAAGACGGAAAAGAUCUGAAGCCUCUUUUCGGUGCUGGUCUGACCGGCCUCAAGAACCUCGGAAACAGCUGUUAUUUGGCCAGCAUUGUCCAGUGCUUAUUCGACACACCCGCCUUCAAGAACCGGUACUAUCUGCCUGGCCGCGAUCUGCCCGCUGUUCAGGAACCUGCCGCGGACUUGGAGACGCAGCUGCGCAAGAUCGCAGACGGUCUGAUUUCGGGCCGCUACUCGAAGCCGGACUCGGAUCUCGUUGCAUCUGACCAGUCUCCCGAGAUCACCUACCAAAAGGGAUUGACACCUGCCAUGUUGAAGCACUUGAUCGGCAGAGGUCAUGAAGAGUUCUCUACCAUGCGGCAACAGGACGCAUUCGAGUUCUUGCAGCAUAUCUUCAAGCUCGUUACCCGGUCCCAGCACCCAUCUGACCUCGGCGACCCAACCCAGCCGUUCCGCUUCAUCUUGGAGCAGCGACUUCAGUGUCUCGGAUGCAAGAAGGUGCGGUACACCACUAACGAGCAAGACAACAUCUUUGUCGACGUGCCCCUGGAGAAGAUUCCUGCAGCCGACGGAGCCGAGACGAAGCCUGACGCCUACAAGGAAGUCACCCUCAAGGAGUGUCUUGACCACUUCACGGCUGAGGAAGUUGUGGAGUUGACGUGUUCUGCAUGCGGUAGCAAAGAUGGCUACACCAAGCGUUCUCUGUUCAAGACGCUCCCAGAUAACCUCGUCGUCAACGCUAAGAAGAUGGCAGUCGUCAACUGGGUUCCCGUCAAGAUUGACGUACCUGUCAUCGUUCCGGAUGAGCCGUUCCUUCUUGACGACUACCUUUCCCAUGGCCUGCAGCCUUCCGAGGAGACGUUGCCGGAGGAGGCUGAGAGCGCUCCGGCGUUUGUCGCCAAUCCCGAAGCUGUUAGCCAGCUGGAAGCGAUGGGCUUUGGCCGGAAUCGCUGCGACAGAGCUCUGCACGCCACUGGCAACUCUGAUGCCAAUGCCGCGAUGGAGUGGCUCUUCGCACACAUGGAGGAUCCCGAUAUUGAUGAGCCGCUGGUGCUGAGCGGUGGCGCUGCUGCCGGAGGCGGUUCGGCAGAUCCUGAGAAGAUUGAAAUGCUGGGAGCCAUGGGCUUCUCCGUGCCUCAAGCCAAGAAGGCACUCCGCGAGACCAGUGGAGAUGUUGAGCGAGCCGUUGAAUGGCUCUUCAGUCACCCGGAAGACCAAGGUAUCUUUGACGACGACGAGGCGCCUGCCGGAGCAAGCGAUUCUUCUGCACCCAAAAAGGAGGCGGGAACCGCAGUCACUCCUGCCAAAUACCAACUUCAGUCCAUCGCUUGCCACAAGGGCACAAGCAUUCACGCUGGACACUACGUGGCCUUCAUUCGCAAGGAGGUCGACGGGCACCCUUCCUGGGUUCUGUUCAACGACGAGAAGGUUGUCGAGGCGGGGGAGAUUGAGGAGAUGAGGAAGUUUGCCUAUGUCUAUUUCUUCAGCCGAGUGUAG